UCCUCCCGGCGUGCUGCGGAGGAACGGCUGUUGGCCUGCGGUGGGUUCAAGGUCCCCGGCUGGUCUGGGGCUCCCGUGCUCUGCUUCUCCCUACUGAGCUGCUGCCUGGUGCAGAGGAAGCCAUGGCGCUCCGGAUCACCAGGAACACGAAAAUUAAUGCUGAAAAUAAGGCGAAGAUCAGUAUGGCAGGCGCAAAACGCGUGCCUGUGGCCACUGUUGCAGCCUCUAAGCCUGGGCUGAGGCCAAGAACAGCUCUUGGAGACAUCGGUAACAAAGUCAGUGAACAGCCACAGGCCAAAUUGCCCCUGAAAAAGGAAGCAAAAUCUUUAGCCGCUGGAAAAGUUAUUGCUAAAAAACUACCAAAACCUCUGGAAAAGGCUCCUCCUGUACCUGUGCCGGAGCCCCAGCCGGAGCUGGAUCUGGAGCCAGAGCCGGAAACCGAGCCUGUUAAAGAAGAGAAACUUCCCCCUGAGCCUAUUUUGGUUGAUACUCCCUCUCCAAGCCCCAUGGAAACAUCUGGCUGUGCCCCUGCAGAAGAAUAUCUGUGCCAGGCUUUCUCUGAUGUAAUUCUUGCAGUGAAUGAUGUGGAUGCAGAAGAUGGAGCGGAUCCAAACCUUUGUAGUGAAUAUGUAAAAGAUAUCUAUGCUUAUCUGAGACAACUUGAGGAAGAGCAAGCAGUCAGACCAAAAUACCUACUGGGUCAUGAAGUCACUGGAAACAUGAGAGCCAUCCUAAUUGACUGGCUAGUGCAGGUUCAAAUGAAAUUCAGGUUACUCCAGGAGACCAUGUACAUGACUGUUUCCAUUAUUGAUCGAUUCAUGCAGGAUAAUUGUGUGCCCAAGAAGAUGCUGCAGCUGGUUGGUGUCACCGCCAUGUUUAUUGCAAGCAAAUAUGAGGAAAUACGCCACCCAUUAGUAGAUUAUAAUGAGGGUUACUGUAUCUACAAAUCACAGAGGAUACAGCAGCAUUCAACACCAUUGACCACCCCAUGA